GUUUUAAUGUGAAGGAAGUGCAGGAUAUUGACUGGUGAUGUCUGGCCGUGGAAAGAAAGCUCUACCCAAAGCAAAACCUCAUGUAUCCCGGUCUACCAGAGCAGGGAUCACUUUCCCAGUGGGCCGUAUCCACAGGCUACUGAAGAAGGGCCACUAUGCUGAGCGAAUUGGCAAUGGCGCAGCAGUAUACUUCGGAGCAGUCCUGGAGUAUCUCUGCGCAGAAAUCCUGGAGCUGGCAGGAAAUGCCUGUCUUGACAACAAGAAGCACCGCGUCUCUCCUCGCCACAUCUUGUUGGCAGUGAAACAUGAUGAAGAGCUCAACAAACUGCUGGCAGGGGUCACGAUCUCUGAGGGUGGGGUCAUCCCAAAUAUCCAAGCACGCCUUCUCCCCAAGAAGACCAAAGUGCCCAAGGAUGAUAUUUCAGCUAAAGAUGUUCAGUCCCAAGAGUUUUGAUUGUGAAUUUAUGUGUUUUUACCAUCUUGAUAUAUUAAAAGUGUUGCAUUGUUAAAA